UCUGUGCAGGUUAAUCAAACAUUUAAAUAAGUCAACAAAUAAAAACUAUGAUUCAAAUUAAACACACCACACAUGCUAAAAGUAGCAUAGGGGAUGGGAUGACGCUUUAACGCUAAAGGUAACCUGCUCCCGAAUGAUAUGUCAGGGAGUGAAAAAGAAUUAACAUAUAGGUCGAGACAGCGAUAGAUAUACGGAAAGAUUUUAUACAUGUCUCAAUGUUAAAGUCACCAUGAAACGGAAGUUGCGAUUGACUUCUUUUCCGUAUCGUGACGUUUAACCGAGUGCAACUGCUUCUGAAAUUAGAAAAAAAUGGGGCGGGGCUUUAUUUUGUCCUUCCGUUUUGAUUGGUUUCUUGUAAGUCGGGCGUUGCUAACAAAAUGGAGGCAGGUUUAAAUGCCAGUUUACAGUAGGCUUGAUGCGGCGCCGCAAGAUCCGACAGGCGGAUGACAUCGAAGUUCCGCGAGAGCGAUUCGAAAAAUCAUGAAAAGUUUGCUCUCGAAUCGCUCUCCCGGCACUUUGAUGUCAUCCGCCUGUCGGAUCUUGCGGCGCCGCAUCAAAUCAAACUAGCCUACUCUGUUGUGGAGGGGAGGGCUAAAAAGGUCUGGCCAUUGGAUAGUCAGUAGUCCUACCCCUUUUUUUGUUGCUUACAUCAUGUGGUGAGUUAUUGUUGAGAGGGAGCUUACUGUUUUUGAUUCAAGCUUGCAAGUGCAAAUGAAUAAAAAAUAAUGGUGUGCACGGAUAAAUCAUUUAUAACAAUCACUGCAACAAUGUGUCAAACACUUAGAAUUUUCCCUUUAGAUUUCAUGGUGUCUUUAAGUUUAUCUGCACACGUUUAUUACUGUGCGAUGCAAAUUGCGUGAGUUCUGAUGGACUAUACAUGCGCGUGCAUGCGGCUAGAGUAGCCCAAGCCCCGCCCACUAGGUAGAGCUCCACCUCAUUGGCUCUGUAGCGAGCACCCCUAUUGACCUGUUCAUCCCAGGGCGGCGCAAAACCUCAGUCAGCUCUCCACAGUUAUGCGCGCCAAGGAGACGAUUAUUACAUUUCACACGAAUUGCGAAGGACACCUUCUUGGCUUUGUACCAAAUGCAGCCACUUUAAUAUCCAUUCGUGCAGGUGGUGCUUGCACCAUUUAAACUAUUCUAGAAUCUUUAAAAGGAAUUUUCUUUCUCUGGAAUUUCAACGGGGUAUUGGAACAUGUCAUUUUCGCGUGCGCACCGGACACCUGAAUAGUAUUUUUUUGUGCAACAGAGGUGAAAAAACCGAGUUGAUCAUGGAGAACAGCACUUUAUUCCCAUUUGACAACCAGUCUCUUCCGACAUGGACUGAUCACAGUGUCGAAUACAAAAUCGUAAGCAUAUUAUCAGUCAUGCUUAUUUGUGGGAUUGGAAUCGUCGGCAACGUCAUGGUCAUUCUGGUAGUAUUAACAACCAAGCACAUGCGUACGCCAACUAACUGCUACUUGGUGAGUCUGGCGGUCGCCGACCUCAUGGUCCUGACGGCAGCGGGGCUGCCCAACAUCACCGAGAGUCUGUUCGGCCAGUGGGUGUAUGGAUACGCCGGCUGUCUCUCCAUCACUUACUUUCAGUACCUGGGCAUCAACGCGUCCUCGUGUUCCAUCACAGCCUUCACCAUUGAACGCUACAUUGCCAUCUGUCACCCGAUUAAAUCGCAGUUUCUGUGCACCCUCUCUAGAGCCAAAAAGAUCAUUGUUCUCGUUUGGUUUUUCACGUCCCUCUAUUGCGUUAUGUGGUUUUAUCUUUCCGACACUAAAGAGGUUGUUUAUGAGAACGCAAUCCUAACCACGUGCGCCUACAAAGUGUCUAGAAACCUGUAUUUACCCAUAUACUUCACAGAUUUUGCAGUGUUUUAUGUUCUCCCGCUUUUGCUGGCAACUGUUCUAUACGGUUUGAUUGCGAGAAUUCUCUUUCUCAACCCACUCCCGACGGAUCCCAAGGAAAGUAGAAGGAAUUGGAGGAAGGAGUCGUCCGUGGGCAAUAAAUCCGUGAACUCCAGGAGUUCCUCCAGCAGCACAACUGCAGCUUCUCGGAGGCAGGUGACAAAGAUGCUGGUAGUGGUGGUGAUCCUCUUCGCUGUCCUAUGGAUGCCCUAACGGACUCUGGUGGUGGUCAACUCCUUCCUCAAGGAGGCCUACCUGGACACCUGGUUCCUUCUCUUCUGCCGUCUCUGCAUCUACAUGAACAGCGCCAUCAACCCUAUCAUCUACAACGCCAUGUCCCAGAAGUUCCGCGCCGCCUUUCAAAAACUGUGCCAUUGUGGGUCACAGCACUCUGAGAAGCCCCCCACGUACAGCGUGGCCCUCACUUACAGUGUCAUAAAGGAGAGCUCCAAUGGUGAAAGCCCAGAUCACUUCACCACAGAACAAGAUGACGUCCGCGGAGCUGCCGAAGAGCUCCUGCCUGGAAGAAAGAGGUUGUCGUUUAAAGAGUCCUCACUAGUUAGUAACGACACCUUGGCUAGUGCUUAAAUGCUUACUGGUAUGUUAUGAAGUAGGAGGACUUUACAUUAAUUCAUAGUGUCAAUUGUUUCAGUUAAAGUGUGCCUCUGAGUAACUAUAGUCCUACUGAAGUGUCUUUUAGCUACAGUAUAUGGGCAUUGUUCACAACGCACACAAAUCUGAUCCGUUUCUUUACAACUGACUGUUCAUUCUGACAUUUUGCAAGUCAUUAAAUGUUUGUUCAGGCAGUGCAGUCAGCAUCUGGUGUACAGUAUAUGGGUAUUGACUAGGGAUGUAACGAUUCACCGUG